UGUGCUUUUCCUCCGUGGAGGGCAUUGACGGAUAAGUGGUGUGACUGCUGUCCCGGCCGACUGCGAAUGCGUGGUCCUUGAGUCGGGGACUUGCUGAAAGCUCCGCGGCGGCGCGCCGGGAGGUGUUGCGAGCUGAGCCCUGCCUGUCCACUCCAUGCCGGGUUGGAGGCUGCUGGCGCAGUCUGGCGCCCAGGUGCUGGGCCGUGGCGCCGGAGGCCUAGGUGCUGCCCCGGGCUUAGGGAGUAGAACAAACAUCUGGCUCUUUGUUAGAAAUCUCCAAAGCAAAAGUAGUACUUGGUGGGAUGAGCAUCUUUCUGAAGAAAAUGCCUCAUUUGUUAAACAACUGGUCGCUGAUGAAAAUAAAGCCCUAUUAGCAAGUAAACUUAAUCCCCUGAAAGAUGAGCCAUGGCCUUUACAGCCUUGGAAACCAGGUUCUUCCAGAGUUGGCCUUGUUGCCCUGAAGCUGGGCAUGAUGCCUUUGUGGACCAAGGACGGUCAAAAGCAUGUAGUCACAUUACUUCAGGUACAAGAUUGUCAUGUGUUGAAAUACACUCCCAAGGAAAAACAUAAUGGAAAAACAGCAGCCCUAACAGUAGGCGGGAAAACCGUGUCACGCCUCUAUAAACGUGACUCUAUAUUGGAAUUUUACCAAGAACUCGGAUUGCCACCAAAACAGAAAAUUAAAAUCUUUAAUGUAACAGAUAAUGCUGUAAUUAAGCCAGGGACUCCUCUUUAUGCCGCUCACUUUCGCCCUGGACAGUAUGUGGAUGUCACAGCCAGAACUAUUGGUAAAGGUUUUCAGGGCGUCAUGAAAAGAUUUGGAUUUAAAGGCCAACCUGCUUCCCAUGGUCAAACAAAGACCCACAGGAGAGCUGGUGCCACCUCAACGGGGGAUAUUUCCAGAGUCUGGCCUGGAACUAAAAUGCCUGGGCAAAUGGGAAACAAGGACAGGACAGUAUAUGGACUGAAAGUGUGGAGAGUGAACACCAAGCAUAACAUCAUCUAUGUAAAUGGCUCUGUGCCUGGACAUAAGAAUUGCUUAGUAAAGGUCAAAGACUCUACGCUGCCCGCAUACAAGGAUUUCUGUAAAAGCCUGCCAUUCCCCACCUACUUUCCCGAUGGAGACGAAGAAGAACUUCCAGAAGACUUGUUCGAUGAGAACGUGUGGCAGCCCAACGCACCUUCUGUCACGUUCUCCUGAGGCCCUGAUCAGCCAUGAUAGCACACUCCUGUCUACCAAAGGACACGGUGUGUUACUUUGCCCUAGAUUGAAGCCGAUUAGCAAAGUUACUACGUUAAAGAAGCCAGUCACAUAGAUUAGAUUUGUUAAGAUAGACAGUAAAGAACAAGAUGUUUGUCAUUUGUAGCUGUCAUUCUUUAGACACUUUUCCCAGUUUUGUUUUAUGGUGUUUUGUUUUUAUGAACUCAACUUUUAUUAAAGAUUUAUCUCUCUUAAA